AUGAUUUCAUCAAAUUCAAUUUGGAUAAAUACACUUGCUGAAACUACUUCAAAACAGGUGUUGGAAAGAAUCCAAAACCCUCCUGAAUUGGACAUAUACUCUAAUGCUAGCUCUGCAAAUCCAUCCAAAUUUGAAAAGGUGGCUGAUGCGAUUUUUAAUUGGAAACCACAGAAUGAAGAAGGUUUUCCAGAUGAAGCAGAUAUUGGUCUGAAAACUAUUCAUGCUUCUAUUUCGGCUGAUUUAACAUUAGUUGAAUCAAUAAAAGUGUCAAUAUGA